AUGCAUAGGCCCCACUCGCCACAUCACCAGUCUCGCUACCCUUCGCCUCCCUCCAGCUCUGGUUAUGGGCAGCAACAGCCGCGGGGCGGUGGGCAGCAACCGUACUUGGCCUACGCUCGCCAGGCGCCAUCACCCUUCCUCAUGCCCUACCAACAGCUCCUCGACGCCGAGAAGCAAGUGCUGCGACUCAACGACGAUCGGCGAGUGAGGGAGGCUCGCAUGGGAGAUGUGGAGGAAGCCAUCACCAACGCCGAGUUCCGGCUCAACAAGCGCGAGACGGCCAUCGCCGCCAUCGAGGCCAGGGUGAUGCGAAUAGAGGAGACCAUGGCCGCCAUCUCUUCUGGCACCCUGCUCGAUCCCAACACGCCGCUAACCUCACAACAGUGA